GUCAUCUUAAAACAGAACAACUCACUAAGUAAUCUGCACGAAAAUGCUGCAAAAGCUGACAUUAACUCUCCUCUUCAAUUUAAUCUUCAUGUUCUCCACUGGUAAAUUUGCAUCUUCAUGCAUCUACAAAGCUGUGGGUGAUACAGUUAUUAUUCCAUUUGAAGGUGCAGAAUUACUUGCAGACGAUGAACUGAGAUGGACACAUAAUGAAAGGAAAGUUUAUUUUAAAAAACAUUUACAAGUUAAGCUCAGCAAGUUCAAUGUUACCCAAAAUGGAUCCGUGAUACUGGAGAACGUACAGAAAGACAGUUCUGGGGAGUACAGGGGCAUCGUCUAUAAUGCAAAAGGAAACUUAAAAAAGCAAACUGUAAAACAGCUCUGUGUACUGGAGCCAUUACCUGAACCUACAGUUUUGGUGGAGUGCAUAGAAAAAGGAGUAAAUCUGACUUGUGCAGUGAACAACAGUGAAGUUGUUGUGUAUUGGAUGAAAAAUGGCAUGAAGGCUAAUGUGACACACGCUAUUUUACACAUCAGCUCAUCUGAGCUAGAAUCUGGAAAUAAUUUCUCAUGCACAGUCAGCCACAUGGGAAGACACAAGACAGCUAAAGAGGUUAAGCCAGUGUGCUCUGACACAGGCUUAGAUUUAUGGUGGAUGCUGGUGAUCCUGUCAGGGGGAGGAAGUGUCCUCCUCAUACUCUUCAUCAUCUGCCUAGUCUGUGUCUGCCGCUACUGCAGACGAAAGAAGAGGAAAGCAAAAGAGGAAGAAGAGUACCGGCUUACAUCUCUAAUGCCCUAUCAUAAUUUUCUGCCUGAUGAGCAGUAUAUGCAGAAAACCACAUUGCCGAGGCCUUCCAGAAGCCAGCGUCCUCUACCACCCUUACCCAACCCCCGAGGUCCUCCUUGUGUUGGACCCCCAUGAGAGAACAACACUCUUAAAAAUAAAGGUGCUUCACUAUCGCAUAGAAUAACCUUUUGUCUAAAUGGUUCCAGAAAGAACCUUUAACAUCGGAAGAACCUUUCUGUUUCACAAACAGUUCUUUGUGGUGAAUGUUAAAAAAAAGUGAGAAAGAGAUGGUUCUUUGUGGAACCAAAAAUGGUUCUUCUAUGACAUCGCUUCAAGAACCUUUUGAAGCACCUUUAUUUUUAAAAGUAAACAGACUUCAAGAGACAUUGAGACUAAAACCGAGACACAAAGGGACUACCAAUGAAAACUAGCCGCCGAGCUAAUCUGGGUACAUUCACAUUCAUAAAUGUUGAUUAAUAUACAUUGUUCCUUUUUUGAAACUAAAUAAAUAAAUAACCAAUGCUGAAUGUAAUAUUGUAUAUAAAAUUGAUCAUAUAAACUAUUGGUCACAAAAGUUAGGAAUAAUUAAGUAAGAAUUAAAUGAUAAAAACUAAUAAAUAAAAUAAUAUAUU